AUUUUCGUUGGCUGCUACUCAUCAAUGUGUUCUACAAAGUUCAAACUGAAUAAUGUGCUCUCUUUUUAAUAUACGAGUAUGAAUAGAACAACACUAUGGUGUUGUCCAUGUGUGUCAAUGUGUUUUAUAGUAUUUAUAGUACUAUGGUGUGUAUGUAUUUGUAGUAGGUAGGUAACUAUUGUAUAACCAAAAUUGAACUUGGUAAUACGAAAUCUAUUGAAUUUAUCAGUGUCAAAAGGUCGCUAAUUUAUAGUGUUAUUUGCGCGCCUUAUAAAAUUGAAUUCAUUUCGUGAUAGUUAUUAGUCGUAAAAGGUAGCUGUAAGCAUUACAAUGUCGACUGCCGGAAAAGUUAUUAAGUGCAAAGCGGCCGUAGCAUGGGAGGCCGGUAAACCUUUAUCCAUUGAGGAAAUAGAAGUAGACCCGCCCAAGGCUGGCGAAGUACGUGUCAAGAUCCUCGCAACAGGCGUUUGCCAUACUGAUGCGUAUACUCUGUCUGGAAAGGACCCCGAAGGCGUGUUCCCUGUUAUUUUGGGACACGAAGGUGGUGGAAUCGUAGAAAGUGUCGGUGAAGGCGUGACCACAGUGAAGCCUGGAGACCAUGUGUUGCCUCUUUACGUACCUCAGUGCAAAACAUGCAAAUUCUGCCUUAACCCUAAAACUAACCUCUGCCAAAAAGUUCGUAUCACACAAGGACAAGGUGUAAUGCCCGAUGGAACGAGGAGGUUCCGUUGCAAAGGAAAGGAGUUGUAUCACUUUAUGGGAUGUUCAACGUUCAGUGAAUAUACGGUUGUUCUAGAAAUUUCGCUUUGCAAAAUUGCGGAUAACGCGCCAUUAGAUAAGGUAUGUUUACUCGGCUGUGGUGUGACCACCGGAUAUGGCGCGGCCCUCAAUACUGCCAAGGUUGAGCCGGGAUCGAACUGCGCGAUCUUCGGCUUAGGAGCUGUCGGUCUGGCUGUCGCUCUUGGAUGCAAAGUUGCUGGCGCGAAACGUAUCAUCGGAGUGGACAUUAAUGCUGAUAAAUUUGAAACCGCUAAGAAGUUUGGAGUCAAUGAGUUUGUUAACCCGAAAGAUUAUGACAAACCCAUCCAGCAAGUGCUUGUUGACUUAACUGAUGGAGGGUUAGAUUAUACUUUUGAAUGUAUUGGUAACGUUAAUACCAUGAGAGCAGCCCUAGAAGCUUGCCACAAAGGCUGGGGUGAAUCCGUUAUUAUUGGUGUUGCUGCAGCAGGAGAAGAGAUCAGCACUCGCCCAUUCCAGCUUGUUACUGGCCGUGUAUGGAAAGGUACAGCUUUUGGAGGGUACAAGAGUCGGGACAGUGUGCCCAAGCUUGUGGAAGAUUAUUUAUCGAAUAAGCUGCCCUUGGAUGAGUUUGUGACCCACAAAGUCCCACUGAAUGAGAUCAAUGAGGCGUUCCACUUGAUGCAUGUUGGAAAGUCCAUCCGUGCAGUUGUUGAAUUCUAAAUACCUCAUAUUUUUAACUUUUGACAUGUUUAUUUAUUCCAGUGAAAUUGUAUUUUGUUAAACUGCAUUUAUGUAUUUU